GACUGUAGUUGUAGAGAAAGUCACUUGUCUGUGGGGUCAGAAUGGAGCACACCUUGUUCUGUUUGCUACUAUUGCUGAGUACACACAUCUACUCUGGACACUCUGAAGAUGAUGAUGGACCGGCAAUGGCUGUUCUGACCAUACAACCCAAAUCCUCCCAGAUAUUCAGUGGAGAAUCUGUCACUUUCAGAUGCAACAUACAGAGGGGAGAAGUCACUGAGUGGAAAUACACAUGGAGCAAGGAUGAUGUAGAGUUACCCAGUAGGGAGCAUGAAUAUGAGAUCAGUGAGGAUAAUAUUUCAGACAGUGCUGACUACAGGUGUCUGGGUUCACAUAUUGGUAAUGGGAUGUAUUCUAGGUGGAGUGAUGCAGUCAGACUGACAGUGACAGCUCUGCCUACAGCCUCAGUGAAGAUGGUCACUACCCAGGAGACACUGUAUUCUGGUGACACAGUCAAGCUGCAGUGUGACAUAUCAAACUACACAGACUGGAUGUACCACUGGUUAAUAAAUAAAGAACGGCUUUCUAGUCAGACCAGUAAAACCACCACUAUCUCUCUCUCUGACCAGGCUGGUCAGUACCAGUGUCAGGGGACAAGGACAAGACGGCCCCAAAAUUCAUAUCUCAGCUCAUCUUUCCACAUUAGCGUCACUACUCUUCCUGAAACCACACUGAGCGUGUAUCCAAACCCUGCAUACACUGGAGAGACAGUGACUCUGACGUGUUCAGUGGGGUCUGACAGUGGCUGGAGCUACACAUGGUACAAAGACAACCCUAAGAAAGUAGUGACCUUGUCUGGCAGACACACUACAACAGGAGCCACCUUCACCAUCAGUAGAGCUGCUGAGACUGACCAGGGUCUCUACUGGUGUCAGGGAGACAUCCAGUCCAGACCCAUAUCAUCAAUCAUCAGUGAUCCUGUCACUAUCACUGUGAAAGAGAGACCUGUGGCUGUUCUGACCCUCCAACCCAACUGGCCCCAUAUAUUCAGUGGAGAGACUGUCACUCUCAGAUGUGACAUACAGGGGGGAGAAGAGAUUGAGUAUGCUUUUUAUAACAGUGGGAAGUUGGUCUACACCAAAACAGAGCCUGAGUACAGAAUCAAUCCUGCAAAGAAUGGUCUAUAUACCUGUGAAGGUCUUCAGAAAAGAAAUGGCUUAAAACACUCCCAGACAAGUAAUGAUAUACAAUUGACCGUGUUAGAUAAACCCCAAGCUGUCCUAAGUGUCUCUCCUCAGUGGCUGAACCCUGGAGACUCAGUUACACUGAGCUGUGGGGUUAAAGAGUCAUCUACAGGCUGGAGGUUCUUCUGGUACCAAACUGUUCCCUACACAGCUGGGUUACCCUCCCUAUCAGACAGGUCCUACUCUGUAGAGCCUCUAUCUGGCAAUGGGACUAGUGAAGACUCCUACACUCUGAUCCCUACUGGUCCUAGUCACACAGGAGGAUAUGUGUGUAGAGCAGGGAGAGGAGACCCAGUCUAUGACACAGUCUACAGUGAACCUCAGUUUUUCUGGUCGGGAGAUCCGCAAACUUCCGUGUCUCUCAAAAUAAGACCUAACAUAACUCAACACUUUACAUCAAAGUCUCUCUCACUAAGCUGUGAGGAGAAGAGGAACUCUACUGGAUGGAAACUGAAGAGAUACAGCAAGAAAGCAGUGGAGUCAGGAUGUGGCUCUAACUGGGGAUCAAUAGCAAGGUCCACAUGUACCAUCAGAUCCACACGUAAAAAGGACAGUGGAGUGUACUGGUGUGAGUCUGGAUCAGGAGAGUACAGUAAUGCUGUCAACAUCACAGUGGCUGUUGUCCCUCUGAUCCUGGAGAGCCCUGCCUAUCCCAUAACUGAGGGAGACUCUGUGACUCUACGCUGUACAAAUAGAUUUCAGGAAACAAACCCGAGCCCCAAGGUUGAUUUCUACAAAGAUGGAGUACUCAUCAGGAAUGAGACCUCAGGAGAGAUGACCAUCCCUGCAGUGUCCAAGUCAGAUGAAGGCUCCUAUAAGUGUACAUCUAUUAAAGUAAUAUCACCAGAGAGCUGGGUGACAGUGAGAGGUGUAACUCCUGGACCCUCUACAUCAGUCCCAGUAGGAGUGGUUGUGGGCCUGGUUGUUGCUGGUGUUCUACUGGCCAUUCUCCUGGUACUGCUGUGUCGAUAUAGAAAAGCCAAAGAUUCAUGUUGCAACAUAAUGUUCUCGCCCCCCCAGCCCCAGAGCACCAACCUGAACCCCCAACAGGACCAAGGAUCUACCCAGGGCCAGGCUCCUGAUGCUGGGUAUACACGUCUGCAGCAUGAUGCUGGUGCUGCUAAUGCUGAAUCAAGUGAGGUCACGUACGCCCAGAUUCAAUUCAAAAAGUUGGACAAGAAAAAGAAAAAAAUGCCAGCUGAUCCAAAAGAAAAUCCAGUCUAUUCUGAGAUCAAGGCAUGGAAGACCACAGCAGCAACUGGACCUGUUGAUGUGACCUAUGCUGAGGUUGACCUUAAACAGAAGGCCAAAGCCAAGAAGAAGAAAGAAACAGCAACCCCACCUGAGGCAGAUUCAGUCUAUUAUCAAUUGAAGCCAGGUACAGCCCCAGGUACUUGCGGGGGUCAGGGAUGGAGGGAUGGAGAGAUGAAAGGAUGGAGGGAUGGAGAGAUGGAUGGAAGGACACACCAUCAGAGGAGGAGCAGAAGCAGAAGGAAACCGGAACAUGGACUUUGCACUCUCAAUGCACACAAGCAAACAAACACAUGCACAAACACAAUAACACCUUGUACAUGAAGGAGUUCUUACUUAUUUUAUUUACCAACAGAUAUAUUAUUUAACCUCUCUGGGAUAUGUGGGGCGGUAGCGUCCCACUUGGCCAAAAGCCAGAGAAAAUGCAGAGCACCAAAUUCAAAUCAAUUCCUAUAAAAAUCAAGCUUUCAUGGAAUCACACAUGUAAGAUACCAAAUUAAAGCUACACGUGUUGUGAAUCCAGCCAACAUGUCAGAUUUCAAAAAGACUUUUUGGCAAAAGCAAACGAUCAUAUUAUCUGUGCACUGAUAGUAAACAAAAGAGAGAGAACAUUUCAACCCUGCAGGCGAGACACAAAACGCAGAAAUAAAAAUAUAAAUCAUGCCUUAUCUUUGACGAGCUUCUUCUGUUGGCACUUCAAUAUGUCCCAUAAACAUCAUAAAUGGUCCUUUUGUUCGAUCCUUAAAAAUACCGGUUCCAACUUGCGCAACGUGACGACAAAAUAUCUCAAAGUUACCUGUAAACUUUGUCAAAACAUUUCAAAAUACUUUUGUAAUACAACUUUAGGUAUUUUUUAUGUAAAUAAAUCGAUCAAAUUGAAGACGGGGUGAUCUGUGUUCAAUACAGGAAGACAAACUCAAGCAUGCUUUCUGGUCUUGCGCCUGUGUCAAACAGUAGACAUGACGUGACACUUGUUCAAGAUGGCCGUACUUCUUCAUUACACAAAGGAAUUAACCUCAACCAAUUUCUAAAGACUUGUGACAUCCAGUGGAAGGGGUAGGAACUGCAAGCAAGUCCCUUAGAAAUCUGGAAUCCCAAUGAAAAUUCAUUGAAAAGAGGGUGACCUCAAAAAAUAAUUUGUAUUUGGUUUGUCCUCGGGGUUUCGCCUGCUACAUACGUUCUAUUAUACUCACAGACAUGAUUCAAACCGUUUUAGAAACGUCAGAGUGUUUUCUAUCCGAAUCUACUAAUACUUUGCAUAUCUUAUCUUCUGGGGAUGAGUAGCAGGCAGUUGAAAUUGGGCAUGCUUUUCAUCCAAAAUUCCAAAUGCUGCCCCCUAUCCUAGAGAAGUUUAAGCAUGGUUUAAUUGUGUUUCACUGUAACAGCUUCUUUAAAAAAAUAUAUAUAUAUGGAGUAAUGAUGAUGGAUCUUAUCUGCAGCUACAGUAAUUGAAUCUGCUUUUUAUUGUGUACUGAAUUGUAUUGUUUUGUUGUAAAUGUCUUAAAAUGUAUUAUCUUGGAUUUGUUAUGUCUGUCAUUCAGAUGAUAGGAUAACAUAUUUGUAUAUGAAUUUCCAAAAAGUGCUAUUCACGUUUUCUUCCAAUUUGCCUGUUGUCAGGUUUUGCGCUACUGGUAAGAAGUCAGGUGCAGAAGAGCAGAGAGUUGUGAUCAGGCUGUAAUGGCUGUCUUGGGUGGAAGAAGGAGAGGACCAAAGCGCAGCGUGGUUAGUGUUCAUCUUUUUAAUAAACAACUGAACACUUCAAAAAUACAAAACAACAAAGUGACAACCGAAACAGUUCUAUCUGGUGCAGACACACAAAGACUGAAAAUAACCACAAAACACAAAGGAAAACAGGCUACCUAAAUAUGGUUCUCAAUCAGGGACAACGAUAGACAGCUGCCUCUGAUUGAGAACCAUAUCAGGCCAAACACAGGAAUAGAAAAUAUAGAAAAACUAACAUAGACUGCCCACCCCAACAAGACAAAUCAAAGGAAAAAAAAGUCAGAACGUGACACAGGCGUACAUUUGAAUAGGCAGAAGUAACAACAGACGGACGCAACUGCAUCAAACAACCUCCAGCCAAAUGGCAAAUAGUGCAAAGCGCUACUGUCACAAUAAUGCAAUAGUUAAACAAUCAACACGGAACCCGGGGAAAAACCAAACAAAUGGAAGAAUGACAAGUGGAGCAGCGAUGGCUAGAAGGCCGGUGACGUCGACCGCCAAAUGUCGCCGACUCCAAAUGUAGCCGACUUCGGAAGAAGUCGUGACACCUGUACUUUUACAAUAUCUUUGCAUUGUGCUUUUUUAAUAAACUAUUUCUUUAUCCACCA